AUUUGGCUUCCCGGCCCAAGGGAGCCGCGCGGGAUGUUGGAAUGAGAUGAAGAUGAUGCGCUGGAGUGGCCAGUGGUGAGCGAGCUCUCUUCAAAAAAACAAGACUAACACGGGGGCCCCUCAAUAAGAACGCCGAGUACCAGUGAACACCCGAAGGUUGGACGCUGGCGUGUCAUUGAUGAGCGUGAGCUAGAGGAUAAGGAGGAAGAGGGAGGGGGUAGGAGGGGGUCUCCGCGUGACGUCAGGAGCUUCCCCCGAAAGUCAAAACAAGAGAAUGUUGAUGCGGUAACGCCGUAAGGGAAUCCGCGAGGGGCGAACACCUCGAAGUUCGGGAUGUUGGGAUUGUAAAUAAAACUAAAUCCUAAACCAGGAGGACUUCUUUAAGACGAGAGAGACACGCGAAGGAAAACAGGAGUACGAGGACUGCACCUGCUGCUUCAGGCUGAGUCACUGCCGGUGAGAGGAAGGUCUGGAGAGAGAACGGGAGGGGAGGCGUCGGCGGCAGAGGACAAGAAGAAGAAAAAGAAGCGGGGAGGGAGGGAGAUAAGCCACAACAGGAGGCACCACAACACACACACACACGCUGAGUAUUUGGUGUGUCGCGAAGACAUUGACUGUGUGAACGGUGAAGGAAGGAAGGAAGGAAGGGAGGGAGAGUGACGCGAGGCUGGGAGAGCCGCCCUCUUCCUCCUCCUCCUCCUCUUUCACGGCGCUCUGUGGAGCAGGCGUGUAGCGGCAACACACUCUGCGUGAAGGAACCAUGAGCGAUGUCACCAUCGUCAGAGAGGGAUGGCUUCAGAAACGGGGUGAAUACAUAAAGAACUGGCGGCCACGUUACUUCCUGCUCAAGACAGACGGCUCAUUCAUCGGCUACAAGGAGAAACCUCAGGACGCCGACUUGCCCUACCCGCUAAACAACUUCUCCGUAGCAAAAUGCCAGCUUAUGAAGACGGAGAGGCCCAAGCCCAACACCUUCAUCAUACGCUGCCUCCAGUGGACCACAGUCAUCGAGAGGACUUUCCAUGUAGACUCCCCCGAUGAGAGGUCAGCCGAACAGGAAAAAGAUGAGUGGACGGAGGCCAUCCAGAUGGUGGCAGACAAGCUGCAGAAGCAAGAGGAGGAGAGGAUCCAGUGUAGCCCCACCUCCAACAUCGACAACAUGGUGGAGGAGGAGAUGGACAUCUCCACCACACACCACAAACGCAAGGUAGCACAAACAAUGAGUGACUUCGAUUACUUGAAGCUGCUUGGAAAGGGAACGUUUGGGAAAGUGAUUCUGGUCCGUGAGAAGGCCAGCGGGAAAUACUAUGCUAUGAAGAUUCUAAAAAAGGAAGUCAUCAUCGCCAAGGAUGAAGUGGCGCACACGCUCACCGAGAGCAGAGUACUGAAAAACACCAGACACCCCUUUCUCACUUCAUUGAAGUAUUCGUUCCAGACAAAAGACCGCCUCUGUUUCGUCAUGGAGUAUGUGAAUGGCGGAGAGUGCCCUGUCAGCCUAGCCUGCGGGCUACCGCGGAAGAGGUCGGUGUGUGGCGAGGGCGCACGUAGUGGGGGUGCGCUAGUAGAUGAGGUGCCAGCUGCUGAAUGUCUCCAUCCACCCGCCCUCCUCGGAGACCCCCCUCCUCAUCCUGCUCCUCGCUCUCUUUUUGCGCUCGCCCUCCCCUCCGCCAUCUAUCAUCUCAAUAUGCUGUUUUUCCACUUGUCCAGAGAGCGGGUGUUCUCCGAGGAACGCACGCGCUUCUACGGCGCCGAGAUCGUCUCGGCCCUUGAUUACCUGCACUCGGCCAAGAUUGUGUACCGCGACCUCAAGCUGGAGAACCUGAUGCUGGAUAAAGACGGCCACAUCAAGAUUACUGACUUUGGUCUGUGCAAGGAAGGCAUCACAGACGCUGCCACUAUGAAGACCUUCUGCGGCACGCCAGAGUACCUCGCGCCAGAGCCGCUCCAGGCUAUGUGUGCGCUCCCAUCUCAUCUCCAGUCCGGUCCCGGCUGCCAAAGCCCCUCCGUCCCGGGAGCGCCGUCCCACCAUCGCCACAUGGCUGAUCCCCGAGAUCCUUCUCCCUCCCCCUGGAUUCCUUUUGUCUCAUCCCCUGUUUUGCCUUGCCUUAAAUGCAUCUUUUUAAGUCGUGAGGUCCUGGAGGACAACGACUACGGCCGGGCGGUGGACUGGUGGGGUCUGGGCGUCGUGACGUACGAGAUGAUGUGCGGCCGCCUGCCCUUUUACAACCAGGACCACGAGAAGCUCUUUGAGCUCAUCCUGAUGGAGGACAUCAAGUUCCCGCGUACACUCUCAGCCGACGCCAAGUCGCUGCUGUCUGGCCUGCUCAUCAAGGACCCCAACAAACGGCUUGGUGGAGGACCGGAUGACGCGAAAGAAAUUAUGAGGCACAGUUUCUUUACUGGAGUCGACUGGCAGCAUGUAUACGACAAAAAGAUGGUUCCUCCGUUCAAGCCUCAGGUCACAUCGGAGACGGACACCAGGUACUUUGACGAGGAGUUCACGGCGCAGACCAUCACGGUGACGCCACCCGAGAAAUUUGACGAGGACGGCAUGGACUGUCUGGACAACGAGAGACGACCGCACUUCCCGCAGUUCUCCUACUCGGCCAGCGGGCGGGAAUGAACUCCGUCCCCUUCCCUCUAACCCCACCCCCUGCUGCUGUGACAUCAUCACAGCUGGUCUAUGAGGUCAUCAGCGUGGAACACAAAAAAAGAAAAACCCAUAGCUUAGGGACCCGGAAGAAUCCCCUCAAGGAAGGAUUUUGCCAUCCUUUUUCCUUUUUUUUUUAGCCAUUUUGUCUCAUUCAUCGUUUACGAAUGGAGCGUAAGGUACGAAGGCGAUUAGCCACUAACGUGAUGUCCCCCAGAUGGGACUGCUGUGCUUUGAUUGGUUCCCUGCUCCCUGGCCAUCUACGCACGCACGCACACGCACUCUCACACGUGGCUCGGAUAUAAUCUCAGGCUUUUCUUGCACACGUGAAUCAUUCUGGGAUCGACUGAGUGGGUCUGGUAGGCAGGAGUUGACUCAGGUGCAAUUUCCCACUCGUCGUUGCUGCUAUUCCAACAUCUGCCUCUUGGACACAUACACCUCCUCUUCAACCGGACUACUGCGAAACAGAUCUGUCGCUGGUAGGGCUGGGCGACAUGGCCUUAAAAUAAAAUCUCUUUUCUGAUUUUAAGCAAAUUACGAUUACAUUUUCUUUUCUUUUUUCCCCCGUCUGGGAUUUGUUUCAUUUCUCCUGAUACCAAACAAGCUUUGAAACAGUUUUUAGCUUUGAAACUGUUUUUAACCCAGCAUUAACUUGCAUUAACUUCCACAGAAAUGUACAGAAAAAUACAUAUUUAUACAUACAUUUGAGCCUUGGUUUUCAUUAUUAAUCCAUCCCAAAAAGUCUGACUAAAAUCAAACUGUCCAAGAACCAAAGCAGUAUUUUAUUUCCUGUAGGAAAUAAUGUAAACCCAAUUAAUCUGUUCCAGACAAAAAAUAUUGACAAAAAAAUACACUUUAUAGAAAAUAAUUAUAAUUUAGGAUACACAAAACAAUAUGAAAUAAAUAUAAAUGACUAAUAAAAUUGCUAAAUGAACAUUAAACAUCCCUUUUUACCUUUCUUCACCAUAAAAUCGACAUUUAAGACCAUUUCUUUCCACCUUUCCAUAGCUUUUUGUCAUAUAGAAAACAGUAUGAAAAUAAUUCUGCUCAUGUUGUCAUUUUCUUAGCGGGAAUGAAAGUCGCUUUUUGAAAAAACUAAAAACUAAAAAUAAAUCGUCCUGAGCAAUGAACUUGACGUAAUUAAUAAAACGGCUAAAUCGCCCAGCCCUAAUCGCUAGCUAGCAACGCAUCUACGCCUACGCUUGCUAACUUGCUGCUAACGUGGAAGCUACAACACAUCCACGUAGAUUUAGUACACAAACAACUAAAUCAAUAAAGGAUGUCAUGUUUGCAUUCGAGGAGGUUCCACAUCCAAGCACAGCAGUUCCCCGAUCACGCCCCCUUAAAGCUUUACGACCCACAAUGCAACACUCACUCGUCGAUUUAAGACUGGACGGAGGUGAGACAGAUCGCCGCCGUGGACGUGGGAGUCCAAUGCAAACUUAUUUAUGAUGAUGAUCUUUCCUUGGUGGAGGUACUUCUGGCUUAUUUAUUAUCCCACUCAUUGUUCCCCUUUUUUCUAUUGACACCUGAUUCUACCGGCGGAGUCUCUGUGCGUUAGGGCUGAGAAAACAAAAUGGCCCAAGAAUGUAGGAGGGGGAAACAGUUCCGUCACUUAUUUACCUCCGCCAAGCAUUAUUCGUGUAUUUAUUAGUUUGUGUGUCUCUUUGUUUGUUGGUCGGGUUGUGCGCAGGACCUAUGCCUUCCUUGGCGGAGGUCUUGUGUCCAUGAGAGGUUGCCGGAGAGUUCAGACCUCCACCAAGGCCAUUUUUUUGUUUUUGUUUUGUUUUAUUGGGACACAUUUUCCAUGAAAUACAGUAGAACCUUUAAUUUAGUUUUCAAAAACAUUGAAAAAUACGCCUCAGAAGUUUCAACCUUGACGUCACAGUAGACUUUACGAGGAUAAUUGACGGCAAAGAGGGAAAAUGCAAUCAUAACUAUGGAACAGAAAGUGGAACGUUUUGCUACAAAGCGGUAGCGUAGCUACCAAUGUGGUACACGUUAAUAUCCCGGCUGCUCAGCACUAGGGGUUGAACAACUCCAGAUUUUUUUGUAGUCGACUCUACGGGGAUGGUAGUCGAUUCGAUGUCGAUUAAUCGACCAUUGAUUUUUUUGUUUUUGUUUGUUUUUUUGGGUUUUUUUUUUUAGCCAGUCGCAAGUGUUGUUAACGCCAAAACCCAUGAUUGCGAUUAAUUGACUUCAAGCAUAAUCGUCAUUGCACAGUGCUAAAGUUGAUUAGUCGGUUCAACCUUACUCAGUGCAAUAAAAGACAACACCUCAUUGAUGGUGUAACAUCAAAGAUAACACUUGUUUGUCAAAACACGUGAUUGCCGAUCAAGCAAUAAUCGUCAUAGCGCAGUGGCAAAGUCGACUAGUUGACUAGUCGGUGCAACCUUAGUACAGAGACAACAUGUCAAUGGUGGUAUAGCAUCAAAUACGCUCGUUUUUGUCAAAACGUAAUUGGCGAUUAAUCGACUUCAAGCUAUAAUUGUCAUUGUGCAGUGGUAAAGUCGACAUAGUUGGUUCAACCCCUAAUUUAGUUAUUUUUUGUUAUCAAAGACAACACUGAAGAUACUGUUUGUCUUAUUGUAAUACUAAUACACAUUUUAUAAAGGCCAUUGUUUGACAAUGGAUGGGUUACUUAUAUUUCUCUUAGCAUUAUUAAUAGUCUUCUGUCGUACAUAUAUGACAUAUAUUAUAUUGGACAGGGCGUCCAUAAUGUAUAUUUAUUAUGCAGUAUAUAAUAUACAGUACAUAUUAAUAGCAUUCCAAAGGUUGCACUGUAGAUUGCUGUUUAUGGGGCAUAAACAGCAAUCCCCCCCAAAAAAGUGUAAAUUAUUUUUAGUUUUUGGGUGUAAUCUUGUUCACUUUAAACAUGAAUUACCAUAUAAAUAUUCUUUUGCUGUGUAUGUAGGUAGGUUUGCCUUGGUGAAAGUCUGAACUUUCAGAACUUCUGUAUUUUUUUGUGUGUGUUUUGUGAUCAAAAUGUGACAAGCGCAGAUGACUGGACGCGUUGAAGACAGACAUGACAAGUUUAUCGAUAAGCACUUAUUGUAUGGGAAUGUGUGUGUGUGUGCAUGUGUGUGAGCUGAAGACAGGAAGGAGAGGCGCAAGUAGGAAAGCAGAGGACGGUGGAGGAAAAGUGAAGUUGGCGAAGGUAGGCGAGUGAGACUUAACAAGAAAUAGUUGGAAGCAGCACGUUGAAUAGCGGUUAUCAGGUCUGCCUCGUGGUCAGAGGAUCCUGGUUUGAAUCCAGCUUCUGAAAAUUCUAAAUUGUCUCAAUGUGAAUGUUUUGUUUGUCUGUCUAUAUGCGAUUGCCUGGCAACCAGUCCGGCCUCUCACUCAAAGUCAGUUGGGAUAGGCUAGAGCUAUAUCGCGACCCUACUGCUAUGGAAGCCAGUGUUGGCGGUCUGUCUUUAACGUGUGCGGCGACAUUUGCGCGUUUGUCACGUCAGUCGCCGUGGAGUGGUCACGUCUUCCAACGUUCCAGCCGGUCCUUCCGUGUUUGUUUGUCUUCACACGCCAGGAAAGCCUUAAUGGUUUCACUCCAAAAACAAAGACAAAAAAUUUGAAAUUUAUUUAAAUAAAUAAAUAAAAAAGAUGCAUUAAACAUGCAAUGCAGUUGAAAUAGACAAAAUGUAUGUCAUGCUAUUUAUUAUCAUUUGAAUGUCAGUGUUAUUAUCACUUGAAUUUGUUUUCUAAUUUAUUGGAUGUCAUCUUGUUUGUGUUCAUUCUGCAGUCAAACUGAAAAAAAAAUAAAUGCCUCCCUUUUAUUCUU